AUGGUUUGGAGAAGCCGCAGUUUCUCCGGAACGUGUGAUUUGACACUGAGAAGGUUGUUAACAGAUUAUAACAACUGAAGAAAGAGUAUUUUCAGGUUUAUGAACCCACAGAGGUCGAUUUCACCAGCCGAUCGAAUAAGAGAUCGUGGUCUCAAAGGUAAAAUAUGAUCAUAUGACAAAUUUAACACGUUUUUAAGAUUGUCAAGUCGCCUUUGGGCGCUCAAACUGACCACAAAACAAGUUUCGAAUUGAAUGAGUCGAGGAGCAACGAGAUAAAGUGGAUUCAAGCGGGAAACGACAGCGUCCGAAUCUUCAUCGAUGUAAGCUUUUCUUUUUUAAAACAUGGAGAACUAUCAAACUGGCUAGGUUUUCACCUAUUUUCAUGAUCUUCCAGUGAAAUUUUCGAGUCGCGGCUCGUCGCUCAACGGUUUUGGCGAAUGCUCUCAUGUAGGAGAGACACUGAAAACUUUGCCACGAUGA